UUAUUUCGACCCGACUUUUUCUAUAUCAACGGACUGUCGACACUCGGGGAGCGACAAGAUUCAAUUCGUCUCACCUUACCACUCGUCAUUUGUCAGCCCCGCCGUCAGUUGCUCGACUCGCCCUUCCGUUCUCUCGACCCUCGCUCUCCUCCUGUUCUUUCCACAGCAACCAUGUCGUUCCUUGGAGGCGCCGAGUGCUCAACGGCGGGCAACCCCCUCAGCCAAUUCACUAAACACGUCCAAGACAACAAGAGCUUGCAGCAUGACCGCCUUGUCGGCCGAGGGCAGAAUGCCAUCGGUAGCUUCAGGAGCGCGACCCACAAUGCUCCCCAGGAUGAGAUGAUGAAUGGCUUCCUCCACCAGACACCGGGCUUACCCGAGAUACCACUUGAGCAACAAGGGCCCAUGGGCCAGAUCCACAUCGACCAGAAUCACGGCGUCCACCUCCGCGCCCGGUCCGGUUCGCCCCUGUCCCCCGGGUGGGCUCCUCCAGAUACCCAAGCCGCCAUGGAAGCCGCCUUCAACAUGCCGCCAGGGACCGAGUUCAGCCCGGAAGAGUUCGCCAAGUUUCAGCAGUUGAACGGCUCCGCCUCGUCCACCGCCAUGCCAGGAGCCAGCGGCAGCAUGAUGGCGCAGCCUCAAAGACCGAUGAUGAUGGGCGGCAUGGGCUACAGCAUGAUGUCGCGCCCCAUGUUUCAACCCAUGUACAGUCCCCAAAUGCAGAUGGCCCACCAGCAACCGCAACAAGAGGUCCAGGGAAAGGGGAAGGAGAAGGUGGUGGAGCUGGAUGACAAUAAGUGGGAGGAGCAGUUCAAGCAGAUGGAGUUACACGACCGGCAGCUACGCGAGGAGAAGGACGAAUCGUUAGCGCUGGAGCCCGAGCUUGACAAGAUGGACGAGCAGCUGCUGCACUCCGAGACGGGCUACGGCGACCUCGAGUCGAUAUGGCGCGGCAUCCAGGCUGAGCAGGAGGCCAUGAAGGACCUGGAGGACAUGGAGGAAAGCUUUGCCAAAUUCGAUAGUUCCAACUUUAACACUGACAACCUCAACGACUGGGGACUCAGUAACCGCCUCGGCGCUGACCCGGUCAUCCAGGAAUACCUUUUCGAGGAAGAAAAUCUCUUUCAAGAUCAGCCCAACCCCUUUGAGGAAGGCGUUCGGAUCAUGAACGAGGGCGGCAACUUGUCUCUGGCCGCCCUGGCCUUUGAAGCCGCAAUCCAAAAGCAACCCGACCACGUCGACGCAUGGGUCUACCUCGGCAACGCCCAGGCCCAAAACGAAAAAGAAGAAGCCGCCAUCCGCGCGCUCGAGCAUGCCCUCAAGCUCGACCCGAACAACCUCGCCGCCCUCAUGGCUCUCGCGGUAUCCUACACCAACGAAGGCUACGAUAGCACCGCUUACCGGACACUCGAGCGCUGGCUCUCGGUCAAAUACCCGCAGGUUAUCGCCCCGACUGAGCUCUCGUCGGUCGCCGAAAUGGGAUUCACCGACCGCGCCCAACUCCACGAGCGGGUAACCAACCUCUUCCUGUCGGCCGCUCGCCUCGCCCCGGACGGCGACCACAUGGACCCGGACGUGCAGGUCGGCCUGGGCGUGCUCUUCUACGGCGGCGAAGAGUACGACAAGGCGGUCGACUGCUUCCAGGCGGCCCUCCACAGCUCCGAGCUUGGCACAUCCAACCAGCGCGAGCAGAUCCACCUGCUCUGGAACCGGCUCGGCGCUACGCUCGCCAACUCGGGCCGCUCCGAGGAGGCCAUCGCCGCCUACGAGAAGGCCCUCGCCCUGCACCCCAACUUUGUCCGUGCCCGUUACAACCUGGGCGUGUCGUGCAUCAACAUUGGUUGCCACGCCGAGGCCGCGGGGCAUUUACUGGCCUCGCUGGACAUGCAUAAGAGCGUGGAAAAGAGCGGGCGCGAGAAGGCUAGGGAGCUUCUCGGCGGGGACGCGCCCGACUCGCGCAUCGAGGCCAUGACGACGCAGAACAGGAGUACCACGCUCUAUGACACGCUCCGACGCGUGUUUACCCAGAUGGGGAGGAGAGAUUUGGCUGAGAAGGUCGUGGUUGGCAUCGAUCCGGACGUGUUUAGGGGCGAGUUCGAUUUUUGACGCGGGCGGUGAUACGAGGGCGAGCAGUCCGCCUCCUCCUGCAGACCUUCCCGGUGGCGUCGGCCGUGGUCCUCCUUUGAGCGGGUUAUGGGGAGGGGUGGAACGGCCGGUGAAGGAGGAGCGGUCUGUUUGGUGUUUGAAUGGGGUGGGGAGGUUGUGGGAGAGGAGGGUUGUGUUUCGAUUUGGGGUGACUCUGAUCCUCUUUUUGGCUGGUUGCUAAGUUACAGCCUACUCAUACCUCACCUGCCUAGGUGGGAAGCGAAGCAUGUGAGCGUACUUCUACAUAGAGGUGAGGGUCGUCGGUAUUGGGGUAUUGGCAUUUGUGUAGGUACAUACAAAACGAGCAGCUUCAAGCGGUAGGAUACAAAUGUCGGAGAAAUCACAUGGGCGGUUUGCCAUGGCUACUUCAAUUCUGUCUCUUACGCCGUGCUUCCGGGGGAAACGAGG